AUGACGCAACUCUUCGCGUCCAGUCCAUCGACCAUGUCGAACGAAAAGCGUGGGAAUUUCCCCGGUCUCUCUCUCCCGUCCCGAAAACACUCCAACGAGUCAGGCCAUUUGCCGACAAAAAUCAAGAAUUUCUUCCGCAUCAACAGCUCCAGCAGCCACUCGUCCCAUGGGCAUAGUUCUGGCAGCCACGACCGCGAGCGCGACAGGGAUAGUCAUGCCAGCCCUCCCAAGAACGAGAAAUCUACCUUUAGACAGUCUCGCUUUCUCCCGGCUAUCGGUCGCAACCGGUCGACAACCGUCGCGAGUGAAGGCAACCCUCUGGACGAUGGCAUGUCGCCCACCGCAACGGCGAACCCGUACUUUGCCCACCAGGGCCAGCCCGCCUUGCGGCAUCGGAAUGAGGGCUCCGCUACCACCGCGAACAAGGAGGAAUUGGCGCGCAAGUUGCGCCGGGUAGCCUCAGCCCCAAAUGCCCAGGGUAUGUUUGCCAGUCAAGGUGACGAGCGCCCUCGAACUGCCGAUAUGGGCAAGGAGCCUCUUGUGGAGCUUCCGGGUCCCGAUGGAUCUGUGGGGUUGGUGGACCCGAACAGUGAGAAAGAGAUACUGGCCGUGCCAUCUGCAGACCCAGAUACCAAAAUCCCGAGCGCUGGUCAGCUCCGGACCAGUGUUUCUUUCCACCGAACAUACAGCUCGAACUCGAUCAAGGUCCGCAAUGUCGAAGUCGGUCCAGCGAGUUUUGAUAAGAUCAAGUUGAUUGGUAAGGGCGACGUGGGAAAGGUUUAUUUGGUGCGCGAGAAGAAGUCGAGUCGUCUCUAUGCCAUGAAAGUGCUGAGCAAGAAGGAAAUGAUCAAGCGGAACAAGAUCAAACGUGCUUUGGCAGAGCAAGAGAUUCUGGCCACAAGCAAUCAUCCAUUCAUUGUCACUCUGUACCAUUCUUUCCAAUCCGAAGAUUACCUAUAUCUCUGCAUGGAGUACUGCAGCGGUGGCGAAUUCUUCCGAACUCUGCAAACUCGCCCUGGAAAGUGUAUUUCCGAGGAUGCUGCUCGAUUCUACGCUGCCGAAGUCACUGCGGCCUUGGAAUACCUUCAUCUGAUGGGCUUCAUCUACCGUGACUUGAAGCCGGAGAACAUCCUCUUGCAUCAAUCAGGUCACAUCAUGCUUUCGGACUUUGAUCUGUCCAAGCAGUCUGGGCCCGGCGGUGCCCCUACCAUGAUCCCUGCGCGCACUGGCGGCAGCUCUACCACGGCUCUGCCUACCAUUGACACCAAGUCAUGUAUCGCCGAUUUCCGAACCAAUUCCUUUGUCGGAACAGAAGAGUACAUUGCACCGGAAGUGAUCAAGGGCUGCGGUCACACCAGUGCCGUGGAUUGGUGGACCCUGGGUAUCCUGGUCUACGAGAUGCUGUAUGGCACCACGCCCUUCAAGGGCAAGAACCGCAAUGCGACCUUUGCCAGUAUCUUGCGGGAUGAGGUGUCAUUCCCCGAGCAUUCGGGUGCACAACAAACCUCCAAUAUGUGCAAAUCCCUGAUCCGCAAGCUACUCAUCAAGGAUGAAACCAAGCGACUUGGCGCCCGUGCCGGUGCCUCCGAUGUCAAGACACACCCGUUCUUCCGGCAAACCCAGUGGGCUCUCAUUCGUCAUAUGAAGCCCCCCAUAAUCCCGCACCAGGGCCGCGCCGGUACCGACACUGUGAACUUCCGCAAUGUUAAGGAAAGUGCCAGUGUUGAUAUUGGUGGCUACAAUACGACCAAAAUGGAGGGCGUGCCCAUGGACUCCGGCCUGGCGACCCCGAACGCCGAGUUGAAUGAUCCCUUCGAGGAGUUCAACAGCGUUACUCUCCACCAUGAGGGAGAUUCAUGA